AUGGGUAGCGUCCAGACUCAGGAGCUUGUCAUUUUUAGCGACAAUUCGGUUCUUUCGAAGGAAUUAUGCUCAGGAGGAAGCCACAACCUUAUCACGAUAACUUCGAGUCCCUCUAAUUCGCCGUUCUGGCUGAUAAACGCGCUGGUAGAAUCGAAAAUAACAGGGUCUCCACACUCUUUGAGUGGUGCUUCUCAGCCUGCUCCCCAUGGAACAUCGUCAGAUCUGCCUGUUACGAUCGGAUCCUUCAUACAUAAUGGAAGGCAGUUCACUGAUGUACUGAAAAAGCUGAAGAUUGACGCAAACUCAUACCGUGUAGUCGAUCUGCUUACGGACUUCGUAGCCAAAAACAUUGGUAAGCCAAGGGCGAAAGUGCUGUCGGAACUUUUGGAUGCCUUCACAGAAGCACCUUCGUCAAUGAUAGUCCUGGAGCAGCCGGAGAUACUUUUGACGCUGCUAGACGGCCUGACAAGCGAUGAAUUGCACCGAAAGUUCAUUUUGCCUCUCAUGACGAAAUGUGGGAUACUGUUGAUAUCAACAAACAUAUGUUACAGUCUCGAUGGAGAUAAUAGAGAUUCAGUACAGUUCGCCAGAUUUGCGUCGGGUUGCCUUUACAAGUCAAUAGCAGUUCUUUCGUUGAGACCACUAGAAACUGGCCGGGCUACGGAUGUGACUGGUUCACUACGAAUAACCAGAGGAGGCACUUCUUCGACUCAGAUCUCUUGCCAUGUUGUUGAGAACGAAUACCUGUAUCUAAACCAACGAGACAGUACGAAAUUGUUCUAUAGAUGA